GGGCCACGGGCUGCUUCCGGCUAGGCGGUGCUUGGGCGCGUGAGCUGAGCCCUCGGGUGAACGGCUGCCACGGUAUCCUCGGCUGUGUGGACACUGGGAAAGAUUGGAUCAUGGACCUGCGACAGUUUCUUAUGUGCUUGUCCCUGUGCACAGCCUUUGCCUUGAGCAAGCCUACAGAAAAGAAGGACCGUGUACAUCAUGAGCCUCAGCUGAGUGACAAAGUUCACGAUGAUGCCCAGAGUUUUGAUUAUGACCAUGAUGCCUUCUUGGGUGCUGAAGAAGCAAAGACCUUCGAUCAGCUCACACCAGAAGAGAGCAAGGAAAGGCUUGGAAUGAUUGUAGAUAAAAUAGACGUGGAUAAAGAUGGGUUUGUGACGGAGGGGGAGCUGAAAUCCUGGAUUAAGCACGCCCAGAAGAAGUACAUAUAUGACAAUGUUGAAAACCAAUGGCAGGAGUUUGAUAUGAAUCAAGACGGCUUUAUCUCCUGGGAUGAGUACAGAAACGUGACUUAUGGCACUUACCUGGAUGAUCCAGACCCUGAUGAUGGAUUUAACUACAAACAGAUGAUGGUAAGAGAUGAGAGGAGGUUUAAGAUGGCAGACAAAGAUGGAGACCUCAUUGCCACAAAGGAGGAAUUCACAGCUUUCCUGCACCCUGAAGAGUAUGACUACAUGAAAGACAUAGUAGUGCAGGAAACAAUGGAGGAUAUAGAUAAGAAUGCUGAUGGUUUCAUUGAUCUAGAAGAGUAUAUUGGUGACAUGUACAGCCAUGAUGGAAAUGCUGAUGAGCCAGAAUGGGUGAAGACAGAGCGAGAGCAGUUUGUUGAGUUUCGUGAUAAGAACCGUGAUGGGAAGAUGGACAAGGAAGAGACCAAAGACUGGAUCCUCCCUUCAGACUAUGACCAUGCAGAAGCAGAAGCCAGGCACCUUGUCUAUGAGUCAGACCAAAAUAAGGAUGGCAAGCUUACGAAGGAGGAGAUUGUCGACAAGUAUGAUUUAUUUGUGGGCAGCCAGGCCACAGAUUUUGGGGAGGCCUUAGUACGACAUGAUGAAUUCUGAGCGGCAUAAAGAGGAACCUACAUCUCUUCAAAAGUAAUUUAUUUUUACAGCUUCUGGUUUCAUAUGAAAUUGUUUGCGCUACUGAGACUGUUAUUACAAACUUUUCAGACAUGAAAAGGCGUAAUGAAAACCAUCCCAUCCCCAUUCUUCCUCCUCCUCAAGGACUGGAGGAAAAACUGCUUCUAAGGAACAAUUCUAUAAUUAGUACACUUGUGUUUGUAGAGUUACACUUUGUAUAAUGUCUAACACGGUGUACUUAUUUUUGUAUUUGUUCUCUAGUUGGGAGUAUGAUAUGAAGGAUCAAGAUCCUCAAUCCACACAUGUAGGCAAACAUUAACCUUUACUCUUUUGUCACUCCCUUAUCAUGUAAUUUUUAUAAUGCUCAUUUAACUAAUUUUUAAAGCCUGAGAUCAAUAAGAAUAUGUUCAGGAGAGAAAAAGGAAAACUAUAUGCUCCACAAUUUAUGUUUAAAGAGAUAAUCUUGCCUCUUGAAAGGUCCAGCAUUUCACAAGUAGUAGGGCCACAUACUUCAGUUGCUAUGGGUCCAGCAGCUGAUCCUGUUGUUAUCUGGGCAGGGAUAGAGCCUUGUGCUAUAAGAAAGCUUGGAUCAACUUCAUUCUUUUUUUCCCCUAUAGGACUAGCUACUUGCUAAUUUUGUAAAGCACAGCUGUGGUCGGAAGAGUUAGGGCCAAUGACUUGAAAAUCAAUCAAGUAGUGUGUUCUCUUUACAGAGCUAUUUCUAGCUCUUAAUAGAGCUGUUUCCAGCUAGAAACAGCUGGAAAACUAAGUGAAAAAUACAAAUGUGUUCAGGGCAUAGAUUUUUUUUUUUGUGAGUGUGCAUCUGUCAAAAUGCUCCAAACAUAAUUAUUUGCCUGUUGAAAUCACUAUAAGUGCUGCAUCCAUCUCCUCUUCCCUGGGAAUUAAUUAAUUAACCUUGGUUUCGCUGCAGUUGAAAAUCACUCCUUUCCAAUCAUGUCAUUGAAAGUGCCUUUAAUAAGAGAAAUGAUCAUUCAAUGAGAAUUUGUGCAGGAAACCUAAGAUAAAAUACAGUAUUUGGUCAAUUUUAUAUGAAAACAUAGAACUUUCCAAUAUAGUGGGGAUUUUUUUCCUUCCUUUUCUCUUUUGACAGUAGUUAAAUACCAGUAUUAGUUACAAGCUUGGUUGUAGUAUUCUUAUCUUGUGGGCUGGUUUCUGAGAACCACAUGCUGCUGACUUCACCAGGGAUCCUCAUACCUCAGAAUGCAAACCACUCACUACUAGGCACCUCUGUCUGCCAGAGAGUGUGAGCUCAGACACAGGGGUGAAAGGACCUAAGAAGAGAGGGCUCUUUGGUUUGAGGACCAUUGCUCACCUUUCCUGCCCUUGACCAUUACAUUUGUUCCUUCACACACCCACUCUUCCUCCAAAAGGAAACAAAAACGUUUAACCUGGAUCAACAGUUGGCCAAGCCCUAGCAAAGAGUGGGACCUUGUAGAAGGAGCUAAAGAAACUGCCCUGUUUCCAACUCCAUUUUAUCCAUAUUUUAUGUAACGAACGCUGUGUAUUCUGGUCCCUUUCUUAUCAGUGGGCCUCUUUUGAGAAUUAUAUCCCAAGUUUCUAGCCCUCAGGUUACUAAGAUAAAUAUGUAUAUAUAACCUUUAUUAUUUCCUAUAUCUCUGGAUAAUGCAUUUGGGUGGUCUGGGUGGUGAUUAUUUCUGAACCUCUGGUCUUCCACAGUCCUGUGAGGUGGGCUACUCGGUGUGGGGUAGAGCCAGUGUCACGUCACUUCACCCAGCCUUGCAUCGAGCUCUUGAGAGUGGCUGCAGUUGUCAGGUUUAACCCCAACAGAGAGUCAUUGACCUUCUCUGCCCUUGCAGAUUUCCCCUUUUUACUGUUGAAAAGACCAGAGAUAAUUAAUAAUGCCACCAACCUGGCUUAGAGAGGGCACAUCAUGAACUGUGUGGCAAGACAACCUUGCAGCUCACUAGGUGCA